AUGGACGAGUUUUUCAAAACAGACGCGUCUCCCGCGUCUACGCCGCCUCCGCCACAGCCCGAUCAAUCGAACGAUUUCUUCGCCGCAGGCGAAACGGACGGGUUCGUUUCCGCGGGAAUGCAAUCGAUGCCGAGCAACGAAGACUUUACGCGAGGAGAAAAUACCAACACCGGCACGCCUCCUCCAAAGAACGAAUCGAGCGAAAGUUUCCAACCGCAACAACAACAAAACCAAGAGCAAAUGGAACGAGAGAUGUCGCACGCGAGCAUUCACUCCUCGCAUUCGGUCCAUUCCACUGGACAAGGCUCUGAUUUUAACGACGCCGGUAAUACUACUAACGCGAUGAAUGAGUUCGUUUCCGCUCCCGCCGCUCCUCCGUUGGACGAGGGCGACUUUGGUGCGAUGCAACAAGGUCCGAGUAGCGAAAGCGUGGACGCGAUGGGCACGAGUACCAACAGUCUCGAGAAUUCGUCCAUGCAACAACAAUCGCCGUUGGAGAACGUAGCCGAGCUCGGGGGAUUGUCUUCCGCGAUUCCAACGCCAGCGCCAACGCCACCGCCGCCGGCGAGAGACCUCCGAAAAGAAUAUUUAGCGAAAAUACGCGAAGAGCUCGAACAGAAAAGCAAACUCGAACGCGAAGAGAUAGACACGAUCAAAGAAGAAGCGGUAGCCGAACUCGAGUUGAUGCGCAAUCAGAGGAAGAAAAUGAUCGACGCUAACGUGGCGAAAAAUAGGUCGGAACAAGACUCCAUGACCGAAGUCAUGGCGACGGAAACCGGAUGGGAAGCGGUUGCCUCUUUGAUCUCCGAGGAGAACUUCUGCCCGGUCGAGGACGGCCAACGACCGUCGACGGAUUUAGGAAAGAUGAGAGGGUUGAUUAAGACUUUAAAGUAUAAGAAGCCUCAAACGGCGUAA